AACUAAAGGGAGCUAGAGAGGUUCACAUUCUAAGCCCUCACACACACACACACACACACACUCUCAUACGAAAAAUACAUCUAUAUAUGUAUGUUCACAUUUUGAGGAGGGAGAGUCAGCCAACGGGCUCGGCAACUCCCCCUAAUACUGCAGGACUGAAUGGGCGAGGGGGUGGUAUUGGGUCUCCUCACCCCACUCCUCCUACGAGGAACGAACUCACCCACCUACUCACCCAUCCACCCAACCGACGGCCUGCCACCCCGCCUGCCCACCCACUGGCCACCCGACUGCCGUCGAGGAAACAACCUGCAACCGAACCAGCAUAACCUUUCCUCGAACACGAUUUUCAUCCCACCAGGAAACACUCAACAUUUAUUAAUAUCAUCAUCAUCAUCAACAGUAUUCUCAAUAAACGUAACCGAGGGAACGUUGUACAAGGACCCAGGGGGUGGUGUUGGGGUGCAGGAGGAGGAGGAGGAUCUCGAGGGUCUCUUUUAGAAGAAAAAAAAAUACAGUGGCUCUCAACUGAAAUACCAUUACGAUGGAGGGUGGUGGACCGGGAAUCGGUCGACUCGACUGCUAUGAGGAUAUGUUUAAGGAAAUAACGAGGAAACUCUAUGGCGAGGAUCCCGAUCACAGAACUUCAAGUGUGCAAAACGAAUUCGAGACUUCGGUGAGUUAUAAGACUGAAGAUGAUACGGACAAUGGAGGCGAUCUCAGUGAUGAUUGGACAUGUGACGAGGAACCACUUAAGGGAACUGACGGCAGCAGAAUUGCCGCCUAUCACUCCACAAAAACCACCUGGCGAUGUUACGAGUGCGGUGACUUAAUGGGAGGGGGUCCUAGAGAGGUAGCUGAACAUUUCGUUGAAUUGCAUUCCUCGAGGAUCAUUGGGGACGACACGAGGAAUAGACAUCAUUCGACCCGUAAAGAUUACCUGCACAACGAACUGAAACUUGAGGACGUUGUUACCUACCUGGAAAGGGUGCGAGAUAGGGCCGAAAGAUCUGCGCCACCUUCACGUAGAACCCAGGAAACACAAACAGUCCCCGCGACUUUACUUCCUGCCACUUCCACAUUUCUAUUACAAGAAUUACCAUCAGCACCAUCGAUCUCUCAACAUUUACAUCAGAGUUCAGCGAGUAUGACAAGCACGAGUCCAGUAACGGCAAGCGGUAAACGUUACACAUGUCCAUUUUGUCCCUACGGAACAGACAGACGUGAUCUUUAUACACGUCAUGAGAAUAUUCAUCGUGAGGAAAAACCAUUUCACUGUUACAUUUGUUACAAGCCGUUUAAUAGAGCGGAUCACGUAAAGAAGCAUUUUCUUCGAAUGCACAGAGAGCAUGUCUAUGAACUCUCGAGAAUUCGUCGUCCGCCUGGUAGCACAAGUACACCAAAGCCAAUACAGCAGGAUACAAGUUCGACCGGAACUGCUAACAACCAACAACAACAGCAGCAGCAACAACAACAACAACAACAGCAUGCCACCUAUCCCUCGGGAUAUAACAACAACAAGGGUUAUCAGCUCCAGUCAAAUUCAGCCUCCGGAGCGAAUAACACGGCUCUUUAUCAGACGACCAACAUGCCUGCGCCCAGUAUCAUGCAACCAGAAGCGAAUUGCAGUGGGAGGAGAAUUCAGAAUGGUGGGUGUAAUAGUAAAAGCCAUCUUAAAGGGGGAUCUAAAGGAGCACAAGAGAGAAGGUACACCUGUUGCUACUGUUCGUGGAGUGGUGUCGACAAUUGGUGUUUAAAGCGGCAUCUCAACACUCAUUUGAAACCGUUUGCCUGUACACUCUGCGAAUAUAAAGCAGCAAGAGCUGAACGUCUAGCGACUCAUGUUCUCAAAGUUCACAACCGAAGACAAUGCUCGAGAUGUUCAUUCUUAGCGGAGGAUGCUGCACAAUUGCAGGUACAUCAGUUGCACGUUCAUCGUGUCACUACCAGUUCAUCAGCUUCUGUUGCAUCGUCACCAACUUCGGCUCAAUCACAAACACAAAAUCGUCAUCAGCAACCGCAACAGCAGCAGCAACAGCAACAACAAACAUUGCACCCCGUUGGCGGAGGACGACCACCACCAGGACCACCAGUAUUUCCAGCACCAGCGUCAGCAAUUGUACCAUCAGCAACAGUCAUUCCUCCAAAUACAAUUCUUGGUGACCUGAGUAAUACACAAAGAAGACGAAAGCAGAGUCAACCGAGGAAGGUGCUUCACAAAUUAAUUGUCAUGGAGGACUUGAUGCAAUUGGACGAUCAGAAUUCAAAUAAUACGGAGCCUAUGAUGAUCGAUGAUUGGCAGAAGCUUAAGGAGAAAUAUCAAAGACAAAAACAGGAAUGUUUGAAGAGAAAUUAUAAAUGUUUCUCAUGUCCUGACGAUGCACCAGCAAGGGGGCAGAUCUUCGAUCCUUAUCACAGUCGCACUUCCUUGCUUCUCCAUAAACUUUGGAAGCACAAACUUCAUGAGAAAAAUGAAUCUCCCUCAUCAUCGGAUGAUGAAGAUGAUGAUGGGGAACACGUUGAUUUAAGCGAAAAUUCUCUCAUUUUAAAGGCAACUCUUCUCAAUCAGAAUUGGUUUGAUUAUCGAAGAUAGCAAUAUUGGACUGGGGGUCUCAGCACCCUCGUUCGAUUUCGUUUCUUUUCAAGUGCCAUUUUUUUCAUCUUUUCUCUAUCCAUAGCUUCAAGUUCUGCAUGAGAUAGAAAAAGAAACAGUUAUAUAUCUAUUCUUUUCUAUUUCAUGCAAUAUUACUUAGCGCUUGUGAGAGAAAAAUUCUUUGCCAUUUUUCUUCUCCAAUUCCAAAGAAUGAAUAUUUCACAUUCAAAGUGAAUUACCAAAGUUCUUGAAGUUUUUUUUUUUGUUUUGUCCAAGGACAAGUGAUCAGUGUAAAUAAUUGUUUCUGAAUGUUUCAUAAAUGUAAAUCUCUUUGGCUUUUUAUAAUCACAUUGGAACCAUUUAAUGAAUAUGUAUAUUUCAUCUCUAUCUCUGAUGUCUUUCUUGCAAAAGAAAAAAAAAUUGUGGGAUUUUCUUUUUUCCCCUCUCAAGUAUGAUUGUAUGUGUGUGGAACACUUGGCCAAUAUGUAUGUGAGUAAUAAGUCGUGAAAUUUUUAUACUCGGAUGUUAAAGUCCGACACUCGAGUCUCACUCUCUCGUCAUUCCACAAGCGACAACGACUUAUAAAAGAUUUUAGUGUUCGAAAAGAAGAAAAAAAGAAAU